CGCAGCGGUCAGUGUGCAGAUAGCCACCCUGGUAGACUGUUACAGAUGCGCAUGCCAUGUCUUUAAAUAUAGCCACAAUGCUGUUUAGGUCUGUGUGAUAACGGUGUUAAGUGCGAUUUAAAGCUAAUUUGAAGCCAUGACCAUGAUUUCAACUUUCAACUGACAGAAGACAAACUUUGCCAAACUGGAGCGCACAACAAGUGCAUUUACAAACUGAACUGGACUCAGAAGGUUAGCCUACCUUCUUUCCAGCCUCCUGGAGCACCUUCACAGACAGCAAUUAUGUCGUCCACAACAACAGAGGACAACAGAAACUCUUGGAACUUAGGGGGGUCGUCCAUCACUCCACAGGGAAUUACACCAUCAUCGUCGGAGAUGGAAAUGUCCGAAAAGACGCCCAAUGCCUUCUCUGGGGCACAUAGCAACGCACACACCUUAGCGGUCCCGCAAACGGAAACCAAAUCGUUGAGGAAAAAGAGCCUGGAUGACAUCCGAACUGUGGGGGGUCAGCGACGGGCAUCCCACCUUCACGGCUAUAACCUUAACCCCCGGAUGUCGGUUUACAGCACCGGGCGCCCUGCACUCUCCCGGGGUCAUCUUCAAGGACGCGCAUACAACUUUUUGGAGAGACCAUCUGGAUGGAAAUGCUUUGUGUAUCACUUCGCAGUGUUUCUCAUAGUGCUGGCCUGCCUGAUCUUGAGUGUGCUGUCCACCAUCGACCAGUACCAGGCUCUGGCCCAUGGAACACUCUUCUGGGUGGAGAUUGUGCUGGUGGUGUUCUUCGGUGUGGAGUACGUGGUGAGGCUCUGGUCAGCCGGAUGCAGGAGCAAAUACGUGGGCAUCUCAGGAAGACUGCGCUUCGCCAGGAAGCCCAUCUCCAUCAUCGAUCUAAUAGUGGUGGUGGCCUCUAUUAUUGUGCUGUCUGUGGGCUCCAAUGGCCAGGUAUUUGCCACCUCUGCAGUCCGAGGUAUUCGCUUCCUGCAGAUCCUGAGGAUGCUGCACGUGGACAGGCAGGGGGGCACCUGGCGCCUCCUGGGCUCCGUGGUCUUCAUACACAGACAGGAGCUGAUUACUACGCUCUACAUUGGUUUCCUGGGCCUGAUCUUCUCCUCGUAUUUCGUGUACCUGGCCGAGAAGGACGCCGUCGACAGCAGCGGCUCCACAGAGUUUGGCAGCUAUGCAGAUGCCCUGUGGUGGGGCGUGGUGACUGUCACCACGAUCGGCUACGGGGACAAGGUGCCUCAGACGUGGAUCGGGAAGACCAUCGCAUCCUGUUUCUCUGUCUUCGCCAUCUCGUUCUUCGCCCUUCCUGCGGGAAUCCUGGGUUCGGGCUUUGCUCUGAAGGUGCAGCAGAAACAGCGGCAGAAACAUUUCAACAGGCAGAUCCCAGCUGCAGCCUGCCUCAUCCAGUCGUCGUGGAGAUGUGUUGCCGUGUUGAGCAAUGACUCUGCCACCUACAAGAUGUUUGUCAGGAGGAGAACAGCGGCACCCAGCUCCAUCUACAGCCCCAAGCCCAAGAAAACGGUGAAAAUUAAAAGGAAAAAUCCGAGUUCUGAGAAGGACAAUGGUCCUAGCACCCCCACCAUCCCCAGCAUCACCUACGACUUUGAUGACAACACCGCCAGCUCUGACGUGUACAGUACCCAGCAUAGCACCCAGCACGCAGACCGCCAGACUUCCUGGACCUCCAUCGCCACGUUCACCUUCUCUCCGCCCCCAUCGAAGAAGAGUUCGGGCCUGCUUGAUGUGCACUCCCCUCCCCCGCUGCAGAGGAACAGCAGUAUCCCUGACGACCUGGAGCUGGAGGCAGACAGCCUGCUGCUGCCCGUCUCACACGUCUCACAAAUGAGGGAGUCCCAUCGGAUGGCCAUCCGCGUCAUCCUGCGCAUGAAGUACUUUGUUGCCAAAAAGAAAUUUCAGCAAGCACGCAAGCCCUAUGAUGUCCGGGACGUCAUCGAGCAGUACUCUCAAGGACACUUGAAUGUCAUGGUGCGCAUCAAGGAGGUGCAGAGAAGGUUGGAUCAGUCGCUGGGGAAAGUGACUCUGUUCCAAACGAGCUCAGAGAGGGCCAAAGACAAAGGCACCAACACGAUCGGCUCCAGACUGAACAGAAUGGAAGAUAAGAUUUCCCGUAUGGACCAGACUCUGAAUCGACUGGCUGACUCCCUGGGCCUCUUGCUGGGACAGCAGCCAGGUCAGAGCCAGAGCCAGAGCCAGGGCCAGAGCCGGCGCGGUAGCCAGAGUCGUCGCGGUAGCCGCCAGGACGAACUGCUGGUCAUACCCCCCCAUGUUGGCAACAGGGCCGCCAUGCCCUCUACUACACCCACGCCCACGCCUGUGCCUGCUCCCACAGCUGUGGCCAUACCUGACCAGCUCAGCGUGCCCCUGCCCAGGCCUGAGGCUCCCAGCGUGCCCCCCUCAGCAUCCCACUCCCAGGAGGACGGCCACAGCCCAUGAGGCCUGGGGAUGAUGAACAUAAACAACACACAGGUUUUUCACUUCAGGCAGAACGCCUCUUCACUGGGGUGUGUGUGUGUGUGUGUGUGAGUGUGUG